AUGUUAUAUGGUUUUUUGUCACGUCCGUUGACGACGACGCUGCGAAAACUAGAGGGAAGAAGCCCGAACGACUUCCUGCUCACCGACCCGGACCUGCUGCAGUCGCUGCCCGGAGUGAUGAUACGCUUCAGGCAGCACGCCGUCGCCGUCGCCGCGGACAUCGCGGAGAUGAUCAUACAGAUAGGCAUCCGAAUGAAGAACCGACUGCAGUACCCGGACGCCGCCGACCUCAAGCUCCACACGUACGUGGAUGCCAGCAAGUUCGCCCACGCCGCCGCGUUGUACUGGCGCGUGGAGACGCCCGACGGGGAGAUGAGGACCUCCCUCGCCAAAGCCCGAGUUGCGCCCAUGAAGCUAACAGUGAUACCGCGCCUCGAGCUACAUGCCGACGUGAUGGGAAGCCGCAUGGCCGCGGCCGUCACGGAAAAACAUUAUAGAAAACCAGAACGAGUGUUCUGGACAGACAGCGCCACCGUACUGACCUGGCUACGAACGGGGUCGAGGUCGUAUCGACCGUUCGUCGCUCACCGCAUUGCCGCGAUAGAAGAGAACAGCACUGUGGAGGAAUGGCGCUGGGUCCCCACAAAGGAAAAUGUCGCCGACGACGCCACUAGAGAAAUACCCGUCGGCUUUGAAAGAAACCACCGCUGGUUCAUAGGCCUGGAAUACCUAAGACGGCAUCCGGAUGAUUGGCCCGUACAACGGACUGCAAGAAGGGCAGAAGAGACGGGUGAAGAGAAGUGCGCAACGCUCGCCGUGAGCAGAGAGAGCCUCGGCGAAGCGAUCCCGGACCCAAGACGCUUUUCCAAGUGGGAGAAGUACCUGCGUGCAACGGGGCGAAUACUACAAUUCGUCGACCUAUGCCGCAGAAGUCGCGAGCGCACUUAUUACAAGAGGACCAGACGGAACCCGCACUCGGACCCGACGUGGGAGAAGAACGUGAAGAAGACGACUUCGAAGACCCCGCUGAACACACCGCGGACGCCAGAGCAAGCAGUCGUUCAAUGGAAGACUUUAGACGCCGACACGCUUCGACGCGCCGAGACGCUCAUUUGGCGACAGAGCCAGCGGGCGGCCUUCGAGGAAGAGAUUUUGACGCUCCAGCGAGGGAAACAAGUAUCCCCAGGAGCUGACGUCGUCACCUCGCCUCUCGUGCUAGACGGAUCCCGACGCGAAACGAGACGCCUACGCCCAGUGACACGGAGCGUAAUCCACAACUGUCUUCCGUGUCGUAUCCGCAAGAACACUCCACCGCGUCCAGCCACAGGCGACCACCCACCGAGCAGACUGGCACACCAUCGGCGACCAUUCACAUACGUGGGCCUCGAUUACUUCGGACCGUAUCAAGUUACCACCGGCAGAAGCACCCAGAAGCACUACGUGGCCAUCUUCACAUGUCUCACUACGCGUGCGGUACAUUUAGAACCGGCAGCGAGCCUCAGCACUGACUCAGCGGUGAUGGCACUCCGGCGCAUGAUCGCGCGCCGGGGAGCUCCGACGGAAGUAUGGAGCGACAACGGCACCAAUUUACGAGGUGCUGACAAGCAGCUGCGCCAAGCUUUGGACAAGGCGACCGAGCACGAAGCGAGCUUAAGGCUUAUACAAUGGCGCUUCAUCCCACCGUGCGCGCCUUUCAUGGGCGGCGCCUGGGAGAGAAUGGUGUGGGCGGUAAAGGCCGCGCUCUCGGCCACGGAGCAGCCGAGGCACCCGACGCCCGAAAUAUUUCACACUCUGCUAGCUGAAGCAGAAUUCACCGUGAACAGCCGACCUCUCACUCACGUAUCGGUGAGCGCCGACGAUCCCGACCCUCUAACGCCGAACCACUUCCUGCUGGGAGGCCCGGCGCGAGUCCCCGUGCCGGGCAAGUUUGACGACGCCGACCUCAUAGGGCGCGCACACUGGCGCGCAGCUCAACGUCUGGCAGAUGUGUUCUGGAGUCGCUGGCUCCGGGAGUACCUGCCCGACCUGCAGAACCGGCGGGAGCCCCACAGCCGCGGGCCCGCCCUUAAGAUAGGCGACGUCGUGAUAAUAGCAGACGGAACGCUCCCACGCAACACCUGGCCACGUGGGAUCAUCCAGGAGGUUUACCCAGGGGCCGACGGCAUCACUCGAGUGGUCGACGUGCGCACCGCCGGCGGUAUCUUGCGACGCCCGGCAAAGAAGAUCAUCGUGCUGCCCACGAUGUCCGCCGCUCACCAGGGAGGAUGCAGCGACGUGAACGACGCUGCACGGCGGGAGGAUGUUCGCGACAGACAUAAAGAAACAUAGUUAGAAUAAGAUAUUCCCGAACGGACAUAAAUGAUUGAAAAUAGUUAAAUAGAUAUUGUUCGCGACGGACAUAGAUAGUU